UUAUUUUUGGUUCUAGCGAGGGUGAAACCAAGGAGAGACCGCUGAAGCUUCAUCAGCCUGUUCCACCUCCAGCUCAUCGAUCCUUCAUCUCCAGGAGCCUGGAGCUUGUUUGGACUCAGCGAUGACUGCUGGGAUCAUGGAGCUGUUUGAUGCUGGGAAGAAAGGUCGAGGCCUGAGGGCCAAGAAGGAGAUCAACACCGGGGAGGUGCUGUUUGCCGAGCCCAGUUACGCUGCUGUGGUCUUUAACAGUUUGGCCUCCCAGGUGUGCCACAGUUGUUUCCGUCGUCAGGCCAACCUGCAUCGAUGCGCUCAGUGCCGGUUCGCCCACUACUGUGACCGGACCUGCCAGACGGCCUGCUGGGAGGAUCACAAGCAGGAAUGUGCAGCCAUCAGGAAGUUGGGCACGGCCCCCAACGAGAACAUCCGUCUGGCAGGUCGGCUGUUGUGGCGCAGAAAUAAAGACCAGGGGUUGGCCUCAGACAGCCAGCUGGUGGCAGUAGAUCAGCUGCAGGACCACAUCAAAGAUCUGCCUGAAGAUGAGCUGAAAAAACUGGCAACGGACGUGAAGAACUUUCUGAGAUACUGGUCCUGUGGAACAAAGCAGCAUCCUGCUGAAUACAUCAGUCACAUCUUCGGCCUCAUAAAAUCUAAUGGACUGACUCUGCCCGAUCAAAGAGGUCUGCAAUCUGCUGGUUUAGGACUUUUUCCCAAUCUGAGCCUCAUUAACCACGACUGCUGGCCCAACUGUACUGUCGCCCUCAACCAUGGAAACCAAUCAGCUGUGAGCUCCACUCUUCACUCUCCUCUGAGGAUCGAGCUCCGAGCUCUGGGGAAGAUCUCAGAGGGUGAGGAACUGACCAUCAGCUACGUGGACUUCCUCAACCUGUCUGCCGACCGUCAGAAGCAGCUGAAGGAGCGUUUCCACUUUGACUGCAGCUGUGAUCACUGCAGUCAGCACAUCAGUGACGACCUGAUGGCAGCAACUGCAGAAGGAAAGCCCUCUGCUGAUGUGGUUAAAGAGGUCACUGCCGUCAGUAAAGAGACUCUGGAGAAGGUUGAGAAAGCUCGUAAAGAUGGAGAUCAUAGUCAGGUGUUGAAGUUGUGUCAGGAGUGUCUGGAGAAGCAGGAGAACGUCCUGGCUGACACUCACCUGUAUAAACUGCGAGUGCUCUCUGUUCUCCCUGAGGUGCUGUCCUACCUCCGGAGGUUUGCUGAAGCUGCAGAAUAUGCUGGGAAGAUGGUGGAAGGAUACACGAAGUUGUACCACCCUAACAACGCCCAGCUGGGGUUGGCCCUGAUGAGGGCGGGGGUCGCUCACUGGCACGCAGGGCUGGUUGAGGUGGGCCACAAGAUGAUCUGUAAGGCUUAUCGCAUCAUGAUGGUCACUCAUGGACCAAACCACUCCAUCACCAAAGACCUGGAGUCCAUGCGAUCACAGACCGAGGUGGAGCUGAAGGUGCUGAAGGAGAAUGUUUUGGUCAUGAAGAACCUGCCGAUGACCAGCAGCAACUCAGCUGAUGAAAACAUGGACUUCCUCCGCAAGCAGUGAAAGCAGUGAUGCUAACUUUACAUGACAAACAGAUGGACAUUAACUGUAUUUAACAUAAAUUACAGCAGCCAGGAAAAUAAGGAAAAAUAAAACUGCAGCCAUUCGUGUUGGAUUUAA